AUGGUGACACUAAGACUUCAGAAGCGCUUGGCAGCAAGCGUCCUUAAGUGCGGAAAGCGCCGUGUUUGGAUGGAUCCUAACGAAAUUCAAGAAAUUUCCUUGGCAAAUUCCCGUCAAAAUAUCCGCAAGCUCGUAAAAGACGGAUUUAUUGUAAAGACUCCUCAAGCCAUCCACUCCCGAGUCCGUGCCAAUCUCUUCAAAGAGUCAGUUAAAAAAGGCAGACACACAGGACUUGGAAAGAGAAAAGGUACCGCUGAAGCCAGAAUGCCUGAAAAAAUCAUGUGGAUGCGUCGUCAAAGAGUUCUCAGAAGACUCCUCCGCAAGUAUAGAGCCAGCACAAAAAUUGACAAGACCUUAUACCACGAUUUCUACGUUGGUGCCAAAGGAAAUAUGUACAAGAACAAGAGAGUGCUCAUGGACUCCAUCUUCAAAGCCAAAGCCAACGCCAUUCGUGAAAAGAAUCUCAAAGAACAGCAAGAAGCACGCAGACAGAAGCGCACUAAGGCAUAA